AUCGUCGCUGCCAUCUGCCACGCCAUCAACCUGCGCAACAAGCACGCCAACAUCAUCGGCAAGCUCAUUGGCCUCUACUGCCACGCCCGCAGCGUCAGUUCGCAGGUGAUCCAGGUCUUGCACAAGUUCGGCAUCACCCCGUCCAAGGCGACGCUCACGAACACUUGCACUUUGCUCCAGCGCGUUCGCGAGAAGAAGCUCGUCGUGCGGGGCAUAGCCUCGUUUGCCAUGGACGACUUCAACCGGUGCUCACGCGUCAACCGAUUGCGCACCAACGGUAGCUACGCAGUACCUCGCAAGUCGAUCGUUUCCGUCGCCAACUGUGUGCCCAACACGAAAUCCGUGAAGCGCAACGACAGGCGUGCAAUUGGGCCUCCGAACAUGCCCGGUGGUUUUUGUACGAUCAAGCCGCUUGAAGACGCUGGCUGCUUCAGAGUCGAAACCAAUGACAUCGGGCUGUACUUGCCAUGGCUCAUCAUGCACCGCGGCAUCGAGGUCGUUGGCGAGGUGCAUGCGCAGCCGCUGUACGAGUUCACCGAGCUCAGUGGGCGCACGCACUCGUCGUACUUGAAAGGUGUGCGCCUCUUGAAGGUGACGGACAGCGACUUCAAGAAUGUCGAGCACGCGUGGACGCACCUCAAGCAGUGCCUUGGUAUCCCAGCGUUCAGGAACUACCUCAGGCAGAACGUCCUCUUCAUGCCGGGCGACUACUGGGCCCAGCACACGAUGAAGCACUUGGUCUUGAUCGAACAGCUGCCCGAUGACGAGCGCCGCCGAGUCAUGGGGACGUGGUUCUCCCAGAACGAGGCGCCGCUUCCAAGCCAGCUCAAGGUCGCCUCGAACAUUGUACCGGUGAACGGAUUGCUCCACAUCUCGCUCACGCUCCUCGAGGCCGUUUGUGGUGCGUUCGACCCGGUCAUCCGUCAACUUUGGCCAGUCAUCGCGAGCAAGCCGCUGCCCGAGAAGCUCUACCACAACAACAUGGUUGACUGCGCCGACGUCAUGCUUGGAGCGUACAGUCUUUUGCGCGAAAAGCUUCUCGUUUAUAUGUCGCGCUUCAACACGGCCGGCAUGGACCUCUUGAAGCACUUCUUUGAGCAUCUCCUGCCACUUGCGACGACGUUCUACAACAAACUCGUGCGCGAUGAGUGUAAGCUCGACGAUUUGCGCAGCGUGAUGCCUUGGGUGGCGCAAGCGUUCAUUCUCAUGAACCGCCACCACUACAAGCUCUCGGUGCUCGAGUGGAUUUGCCAGAUCGACCACGUCGAGAAGAACCACCCAACUCUGUACGAAGCUCUUGUCGCUCACCCUCGGUGCCUCCUCGACGAGUACAUGAUCGAGAACCAGAACAGCAUUAUUGCUCGUACUACCCGCGCCACGUCGUCCGCCGAGCAAGUUGCAUCCGCUGCUUACCGCACGGACGCUCUUCAAGCGAACAUCACAGCACUCGAGGCCGCGGUCACGACAAACCCGACGAAGCGGGAUCGCAAGACGUCUCUCAAGCCUCUGGUCACGGCGAUGACGGGGCCGAUCCUCGACAUCUUCAUUGCGGCUAGCAACAAGAACGCACUCGUCGCGAAGAUGAUCUUCAAGGCGAAGAAGUGGCAGGUCGAGUCCAUCACGGCAACGUUCUUGCCCGCUCAUCAAUUGUCGCUUCGCGCUUUCCCAGCUUGGUAUCACUACCUGAACGAGCAGCAACAGCUGCACCACGGCUUGCCAUGUGUGCGUGCGGACAGCUCGGCGGUUGAGCUGCCAUUCGAGGAAGGUCCCGUCGCUUCGGCCGAUGAGCCUAUGUACGAUGCGGAAGAAGCCAUCAACGCCAUGGACGCGGACAUUCUCGACAUCGACGACGACGACGAGAUAGAUGAAGGCGCCGAUUCGGACGACGAGGAGGCUGAGGAUGACCCGAUGGGCUGCAAUGGCGGAGGGGAGUCAAGCGGGUUCAACAGCAACAACGACCUCAAUGUGUCACGUACGAUCGACUUUAACGCUGAUUCGGACGACGACUCGGAAGCUCAAGUCGCAACCAACGGCGGCAUGGUCAACGUCGGGGGCAAUGGCGUGGCCGUCGACAGCACGUCGGACGAUGACUGGGACAGCGUUGGUAUGACGGCUGCACUCGACAUUUGCGUGGAUGGACUCGACUAUGAGCCCGAGCGCGAGCCCGAAUCUCAACAG